AUGCGCACUCUCGGGGCGUAUGUCUGUCGCUCAUGCGCAGCCGGCGUCCGUCGCUCGCAGGCCCCCACCCGCUCCGCGUCCAGCUUGGCCGGCGACCGCCACAAAACAUCCUUCUCCUCCUUCUUCUACGACAACCACAGGUGGGCCGCCUCCGCGCGCGAUGCCCUCCCUGCCUCCAGCCCGGUCGCCCACUCCGUCCGCGGACACUCCGUCGGCGCCGUCUACCAUCCCGAGGGGACCGCUUUCCGACCAGCAGAGGCUCUCACUCCCCGCAAGCUCGCCAGAGUCUACGUCCAGCUUGCCAAGGGAAAUCUCACCGUGCUCGUCGUCCUCACCGCCAUGUCUGGCGUCGCCAUGUGCCCUCUCCCCGCCUCUCUCCCCGUCCUCCUCUCCACCGCGGUCGGUACCGCCCUCUGCUCCGCCUCUGCAAACGCGUUCAAUCAAAUCCAAGAGGUCCCCUACGACGCCCAGAUGGCCCGCACUCGAAAUCGUCCGCUCGUACGCCAUGCCAUCAGCCCUCUGCAUGCAACCGGCUUCGCUCUCGCCACCGGCCUCGCCGGGCCUGCGCUGCUCUGGACCAUGACGAACCCCGUCACCGCCGCGCUCGGCGCCGCGAACAUUGCCCUCUACGCCGGCGCAUACACCUACCUCAAGCGCAAGAGCAUCGCCAACACCUGGGUCGGUGCCGUUGUCGGCGGCAUCCCCCCGCUCAUGGGCUGGACUGCUUGCGGGGGCGCCCUCCUCCCCUCCUCCCUCGACUCAUUCCACCUUGUCCUCCCCUCGUUCCUUGGGUCCACACCCACGGCCGUGGCGGACGCGAUGCUCGCGGUGGAGAAUCCUCUCGCCCCGCUCGCGCUCUUCCUGCUGCUCUACAGCUGGCAGUUCCCGCACUUCAACGGGCUCUCGCACCUCGUCCGCGAGGCGUACGCACAGGCGGGCUACCGCAUGCUCUGCGUCCUCAACCCGCACAAGAACGCGCUCGUCGCCCUCCGCCACGCGCUCCUCCUCGUCCCCGCCACCUCCGUCCUCAUGCCGCUCUCGGGCCUCACCACGUGGGCGUUCGCGCUCACCAGUCUGGUCCCGCACGCGGUCUGCGUCAACGCGGCGUGGAAGUUCUACAGGCAGGGUGGGGAGAAGCAGGCGAGGAAGGUCUUCCACUACAGCAUCUGGUAUUUGCCGGUCCUUAUGGGACUCAUGAUGUUCCACAAACGCGGUACGGACUGGGGAUCCUGGCUGGGUUUGGAGCAGGGAGAGACGGAGCAGGGCGCGGGAGAGGAGAAAGAGACUGUGUCUGAGCCGUAG